UAUAUACUUCCCUUUAUUUGUAACAGUAAGCUCAGAAUUAUAUUGGUCUAGGUUGGAUAAAGGCAAAAAAUUGCCAGCCGAAUCACACUAUGAUGUAGAAUUUAGGUGGUAAGAGAAAGGAAUAGAAAGACAGAAAGAAAGAAGUUGAAAGAGAAAAAGGACAGAAUAGAGAGGACACAGAGAAACAAGGAUCAGAGAAACUGUGCAGGCACUUGAUUAUCAUUUCAGUCUGUAUACAUUUUUCCUAAAAUACAACAGUCCUGUAUUUAUAGGAAGCUACCAAACCGCUAUGAAAUAACAGUCCUUUUCUUAUUUAUUUUGACAUAUCACUCUAUUGGUUAAUGUGCUUGGUUUUCCCUCGGAUUAUUAUUUCAGAGUUGGACUUCAAACUUGUGUUGGAUUUGAAUUUUUUGUUUUGCACUGCAGUGACGAGUUUGCUGCUGGAUUUGGUUCUCACACGCCCAUGAUUCUUGGGCAAGCCAAAGUUGUCCGUUACUUCCCCAAUUAUGAAAGAACAUUAGAAAUUGCUAAGACUGUGAUUAAAGAGAGAACAUAUGUCCGAAGCAAAACAGAUAAGAUCAUUCAUCUUUCCGAAGCUGGGAAAUUAGAAGAGAUUAUGCAUGCAAAAUCAUGCUCUGAUCUUUACAGAGUUGUUGGUGAGGAUUUUUGGUUGGCUACCUGGUGCAACAGUACUGCAGUUGAAGGGAAGCAGCUUGAAGGGACUAGGAUAACCGUUGUAAAAAUGGGGGAGCACGGUUUCGACUUUGCAAUCAGAACACCUAGUACACCUGCUAGAUGGGAAGAUUUUGACGAAGAAAUGGCAGUGGCAUGGGAUACUAUCAGCAAAGCUUACUGUGGUGAAAAUUACGGGUCUACUGAUUUCGACAUGCUUGAAAACGUGCGAGAUGCAAUUUUAAGAAUGACAUAUUACUGGUAUAACUUCAUGCCACUGUCUAGGGGAUCUGCUGCAGUUGGAUUUAUCGUUAUGCUGGGCUUGUUACUUGCUGCGAACAUGGAGUUCACGGGAAGCAUCCCACAGGGUUUACAGGUUGAUUGGGAAGCCAUUCUGAACUUAGAUCCAAACUCGUUUGUGGAUUCGGUUAAAACGUGGCUGUACCCAUCUCUGAAGGUGACAACCUCAUGGAAAGAUUAUCAUGACGUUGCGUCAACGUUUGCAACAACAGGGUCGGUUAUCUCUGCUUUGAGCUUUUCUUCUGAUGAUUGAACUCCUGUAAUUAUGAUGUCCAUGAGAGUUAAUUGCAUAUUAACUUUGACGUGUUAGUUACAUUGUAAUCAUAUGUUAAAGAUUAUACAAUAAAGUUAUCAUGUCAUUGGAUGAAAAAUAACCUCUUCUCACUAUUUGUUUUCCUCUCACUGACUGCUUCAAUAGAAAGUGAUAAAAGGCAAAUGCUUUAUGUUUGUAUUUUACUUGUUAUAUUUUUUCGCAAUGUCAAUGGUCUGAUCAUAAUCAUUUA